AUGGUGCAAGAUGAAGCGGCAGCAUCAGCAUCUUCAUCGGUGAUAUCUUCUCCUCUCCAAUUCUUCUCUUCCAUGUCCAUCUCUCCAGGUUCACCAUACACUCCAUGGGUUCAAGAACUCAAAUCAGACGAGCGUGGUCUCUAUCUCAUCCAUCUUCUCCUCAACUGUGCUAAUCAUGUCGCCGCCGGUUCUUUAGACCAGGCCAAUUCUUGCCUUGAACAAAUCUCUAUGCUCGCAUCACCCACCGGAGACACCAUGCAACGCAUCGCUUCUCACUUCACUGAAGCUCUGGCUCGCCGUGUUCUCCGAUCUUGGCCCGGUCUUUACCGUUCUCUCAAUCUUACCACCACUGGCAUCGCCGACUCCCUCGCCGCUCGACGCCAUUUCUUUGAUCUCUGCCCUUUCAUCAAAGUUGCUUGUCUUAUCUGCAAUCAAGCUAUCAUGGAAGCCAUGGAAGGUGAGAAGGUUGUGCACAUCAUUGAUCUCCACACCAUCGAUCCCAUCCAAUGGGUUGCCCUUCUUCAGGCCCUGCGCCAGCGCCCUGAAGGCCCCCCGCAUCUGAGAAUCACCGGCAUUAGUGAUCACAAAGAGUUGUUGGAUGUCACCGGCGCACGGCUUUGCGAAGAAGCAGAGAAACUCGAUAUCCCAUUCCAAUUCCACCCUGUUCUUGCCAAAGUUGAAAAUCUUGAUGUCGAGAGCCUCCGUGUCAAGACCGGCGAAGCUGUUGCCGUUUGCUCUCUGUUCCAGCUUCACUGUUUGCUCGCUUCAGAUGAUGACAUUGGCAAUGGAUUUCGGAAAUUUCACAGCAGUCCAUCCCCUGCUGCCACUCACUCUAACAACAAGAACACUGUCCAGUUACAUAAAAUUAUGCAGUUGACACAAGGAACUCUUGGUGAGCUUCUUGAGAAAGACAUCAUGGCUAAUGCCAAAAAUGCUUAUAGUCCGGACUCUGCUUCUUCGCCGUUUGCAUUGGCACCAUCGCCGAAGAUGGAAAGGUUCUUGGCCUCGGUGUGGAGUUUGACGCCGAAGGUAAUGCUUGUUACCGAGCAAGAAUCGAAUCAUAAUGGGGCAACCGUGAAUGAGAGAUUCGUGGAAGCUUUAAAUUUCUAUGCAGCUCUGUUUGAUUGCUUAGAGUCUACUGUGCCGAGGAUAUCGCCAGAGAGAAUGAAGGUGGAGAAGAUGAUGUUUGGGGAGGAGAUAAAAAACAUCAUUGCUUGUGAAGGGGGAGAAAGGAAGGAGAGGCAUGAGAAGCUGGACAAGUGGGUGCAAAGGCUGGAUAUUGCUGGGUUUUGUAGAGUUCCAUUGAGUUACCUUCCUUUGCUUCAGGCCGACAGGUUCCUGCAGAGUUAUGGCUGUGAUGGAUAUAAACUCAAGGAGGAGAAUGGUUACAUUCAGAUUUGCUGGCAGGACAGGGCAUUGUUCUCUGUUUCUGCUUGGAGGUGCAGAAGGUUUGAGUGACUCUGCUUGUGCUUUUGUUUUUCUUCUUCUUUUUCUGCUAAUGUGUAAAGGAUUUUAGUCUUUUGGGUCUGAACUUUUUCUGCAUGAUGUUUUAACAACUGAAUGGCUUUUAGGACUA